AUGAUGCAGCAACAAGCUUUAUGCGAAAAGGCGAAGAAACGAGGGAGAUUGAAGCUUACCUGCCAGAGUAGCUCCGACGGCUCUUCGACGGUGAUGACACCAACAGAAAACCAGAGAGUCUUGAAUUCUCAGGUACGAACAAUCCUCUUAGACUUUGAACUUAUUCCUCUUCUUUAUCUGAUUCAAUUUUCUUCUUCUGCUACUCUUUCUCGGCCUUUUCGUUUUCUGUUACAAAUCUUUCAAUUGCACAUAGCAAAGAUACCGAGAAAUAAACUCAGUUUUGCAGAGAGCGUGAGGUGGUUGCUGUAUGAGGCGUUGUUAGGAAAUCAAAGGCAAUUACUUGAAGAAUGCACUAGGUUGGUUCCUAUAGGGCAUAAAGGGGAGAAUGGUUUGUAA